AGCUAUAUCUGUAUCUUUUUCUUCUGGGAAAAAAAUAGGGCGAAAUCAGCCUAUGUCUUUGUAGCAGAUGGAUCUGAGCUUUCUCUAUUUCUACUUCAAUGACCUUAAAGUAGUUGUCUGGGAGUGAAAGUUGUUCCAUGUCGCUAUGUGAGCAGCAGCUCCCCAAAUCCUGAAGCUCUUCUGUUUGCAGCAACUUAGGAAACCAACAUGUCUGACAAAAGUGACUUAAAAGCUGAGCUAGAGCGCAAAAAACAGCGCUUAGCACAGAUAAGAGAAGAGAAGAAACGGAAAGAAGAAGAGAGGAAAAAGAAAGAGGCUGAUAUGCAGCAAAAGAAAGAACCUGUUCAGGACGAUUCUGACCUGGAUCGCAAACGCAGAGAGACAGAGGCUCUUUUGCAAAGCAUUGGGAUAUCACCGGAGCCCCCUCUAGUCCCAACCCCUAUGUCUCCCUCCUCGAAAUCAGUGAGCACUCCUAGUGAAGCUGGAAGCCAAGACUCAGGAGACCUGGGACCACUAACAAGGACCCUGCAGUGGGACACAGACCCCUCAGUGCUCCAGCUGCAGUCAGACUCAGAACUUGGGCGAAGACUGCACAGGCUGGGUGUGUCAAAGGUUACCCAAGUGGAUUUCCUGCCCAGGGAAGUCGUGUCCUACUCCAAGGAGACCCAGACUCCCCUCGCUACACAUCAGUCUGAAGAGGAUGAGGAAGAUGAGGAAAUGGUAGAGCCUAAAGUUGGCCAUGAUUCAGAACUGGAAAACCAAGACCAAAAACAGGAGGUGAAGGAAGCCCCUCCACGAGAGCUGACAGAGGAAGAAAAACAGCAGAUCCUUCAUUCAGAGGAAUUCCUCAUCUUUUUUGAUCGGACAAUCCGGGUAAUUGAAAGAGCACUGGCAGAAGACUCUGACAUCUUCUUUGACUACAGCGGUCGAGAGUUAGAGGAAAAAGAUGGGGAUGUCCAGGCUGGAGCGAACCUUUCUUUCAAUCGUCAGUUCUACGACGAGCAUUGGUCCAAGCAUCGAGUGGUCACUUGUAUGGACUGGUCUCUCCAGUACCCCGAGCUGAUGGUGGCUUCCUACAACAACAACGAGGACGCUCCCCACGAACCAGAUGGCGUGGCUUUGGUUUGGAACAUGAAGUUUAAGAAAACCACACCAGAAUACGUCUUCCACUGUCAGUCCUCUGUGAUGUCCGUGUGCUUCGCUCGUUUCCAUCCCAACUUGGUGGUUGGUGGGACUUACUCGGGCCAGAUUGUCCUGUGGGAUAAUCGCAGUCAUCGAAGGACACCAGUGCAGAGGACACCCUUGUCAGCUGCUGCACACACGCAUCCCGUGUACUGUGUAAAUGUUGUGGGGACCCAGAACGCUCAUAACCUCAUCACCGUCUCUACUGAUGGCAAAAUGUGCUCCUGGAGCCUGGACAUGCUCUCGACGCCGCAGGAGAGCAUGGAGCUGGUGUACAAUAAGUCCAAGCCUGUGGCUGUUACCGGAAUGGCUUUCCCGACGGGAGACGUCAAUAACUUCGUGGUUGGCAGUGAGGAGGGCACAGUCUACACGGCCUGUCGUCAUGGAAGCAAAGCGGGUAUUGGGGAGGUCUUCGAAGGUCAUCAGGGACCAGUGACUGGAAUUAACUGCCACAUGGCUGUGGGCCCCAUCGACUUUUCACACCUGUUUGUCACGUCAUCAUUUGACUGGACUGUCAAACUGUGGACCACAAAGCACAACAAGCCGCUCUACUCCUUUGAAGACAAUGCAGACUAUGUGUACGAUGUCAUGUGGUCCCCCGUGCAUCCCGCGCUCUUUGCCUGCGUGGACGGAAUGGGGCGCCUGGACCUCUGGAACCUCAACAAUGACACCGAGGUUCCAACAGCAAGUGUGGCCAUCGAGGGGGCUUCCGCCCUGAACCGGGUGCGCUGGGCUCAAGGUGGCAAAGAAGUGGCCGUUGGAGACUCAGAAGGCCGUAUUUGGAUCUAUGACGUUGGAGAGCUUGCAGUCCCCCACAAUGACGAAUGGACCCGCUUCGCCAGGACCCUCGUGGAGAUUCGCGCUAACAGAGCUGACAGUGAGGAGGAAGGCACCGUUGAGUUAUCUGCCUAGUGGAAUCAAACCACCCUGACCCCAACCCCGACCUUCACCUUCUAGAACUCAGUGCUGCAGCCAUCAGUUCCACUCGUAUUCCGUGUCCAUUCGGUAUCAGUGUUGCGAGACAUUUUGGGUGUCCUGUCGUGCCGGCUUUGCUCCAAGUACUCCAUAUGUAUCCCACCCCGCUUUCCACUGACCUGCCAUUCACCAGAGCAUUUCGGUCUUUAUAUUUCUGUCUCAAAAAUGGGGGGGGGGUGUAGGCUUUACAGGUUUAGUUGUUGCCUUUUAACUACUUAGUAGCUGUAUUUAAUAGCUGGAAACCUCUGGUUAAAUUUGUUCUUACAUGCACUUCUGGCAUAGUCCUAUUAAAUCCAUAUGAAGCCAGAUAUGAUUAGGUGCAGAUGUGGUGUGCUUCGUGAUACGGUACAGGGCCAAAGACUUGAGAUGUAGUGUUUUACAUAGUGACUCACGUUAUGGAUGGAUUUACUAGAAGAACAUUGCUGCUCCUUAUUUAUUGUGGUGUGCUGCAUGGAACAUAUUUAUUUGAAAGCAUUAAAAUAAACGAUCCUAGAGCAUGUGCAUAA